AUGAGAACAACGGCAGCGGAAGCAACAACAAACUCGGUCGAGGGCUACGUAGAGUUUGUUAAUAACUUUUGGGGCAGUUCUCCAGAACAAAGUUUUGAAAUUAUAUCUAUUCGAAUAAAGGACUCUAUAAAAACUCUUUAUGAAGUCAUCAAUUUUUACCAAGAAAAGAUAAGCAUAGAAAAAGACUAUAUUAAACGACUAGAAAAGUUACAGGCAAAAUGUCCAUUGGGCACUCAUGAAACUGGCAGUCUCAAACGGUCGCUUGACAAAUUCCAUUUGGAGAAUGAUACCAUGAUAGAUCACAAUGUUAAAUUUGUCAAGUCAACGCAGGAUGCAAACCUCGAAAAGCUACAUCAUUUCACUCAAUUGUAUAUCCAAAAAGUCGACAAGCUUCGUCAUCAUAUGGGCAAAGUCAUUUUGCGACGAGCCAACACUUUAAAAGAGCUAAAUGUGCAUAAAAAUAAAUACCAAGAGGAAUGCGGCUUGAUGAAGUCGUUGAAAUUGCAAUUGCAAACAACUUGGGGUAAAGAAUUGGAGAAAAACCAGCUUAAAUAUAAUAAACUUUCCAGCUCCAUCGCACAGACCCGGAAUAACUAUCAAUACUCCAUCAAUGCGUUUAAAGAAAUCAACGAUAUUUACAAAAGAGACUGGUCCAUAUCAGUCAAUGAUUUUUACAAGUUGGAGAUUGAGCGUGUUCAAUUGAUCAAAAUCAACUGCUUUAAUUACUGCAAUAAUAUUGCAACUCUCUGUGUUGAUGUGGAUCAAUCAAUAGAUUUGGCUAGAUCGAGUUUUGCUGCCGUACAGCCUCAGCCCGACGUGCAGGAAUUUAGCAAUAAUUACGGCACUGGUAACAAAAUAUAUAAUGACCCCGAGUUUGUUGAAUACAUGACGGGCACGGAAGAGCCUUCCAUAGGCUAUACUAUACUGGGACUGCGAAACCCCAACCACGAUGAAAUCUUGACAAGAACUUAUUCAAACUUUUCGCAGAGACAACAAGUAGGCAAACAACAGCUGCCGCCAAAGAAUUUACAGCAACCACCUCGGAAUGGUCGUGAUAACGGAGAGAGCAUAAUGUUCAACCCAAUAGAUGAUUUCACUUUAAAGGCUCAGGCUGCAAGGCCAAGUACUGAGAAGAUGAUUGCUAAUGGCAGCAACAAUACCAACACUAAUACUAAUACUACCACUAGUAAUAACAAUCAUAGUAAUGGAGUAGGUCGCGGCAGUCCACCGAAAUCACCUUUUUAUCACCAUAUUACUUCACCAUUAAAAGAUUUGCCAAAAGUAGAUUUACAAUUCACCAACCCACUGGAGAAUGAAAAAAACUUUAAUGAGAGAAAUCACUUUGUGACUCCAACAAAAAAUACAAUUUUUGAUACUUCGCCGUAUAAGCAAAGAAAUGCUAUUCCCGACCUUUCACCAACAAAACAAAUCAACGCAACCAUGACAACAAAUACAACAACCCCAUCCAAUCCAACAAUGACACCAAUACCAAUACCACUACCAAUAUCAUCACCAACACAAACAGCAAAAACAAAACCAAUUGAACAACAUAUUCCUGCUACAAGGCAAACACUCUCGCCGCCAAAGAAUAGUCAUACUCCAGCCCGGAAACCUCCCAUUGACUUGUUAUCUCACAAGACACAGUCCACUUCAAGUUCUGUACCAGAUAACGAUGUGUUUUCAAAAGACGAGAGACUCUCAAAUAGUGGUGGAACAUCGUCCAACUAUAGCUCUGAGAGAAAUUGGGCAUCACCAAGAAGAAGAGAGAAACAACUUCAACAGAUGCAGGAGCAAAUUACUCGUAGAGCCACUAAUGAAUUUGGUAGAAGGUCACAAAAUUCCAGAAAUGAUGCAAUUGAUCAACAACUGAUAAAUGCAAAGACAAAAGUGCCGAUAGUGAAUGACUUUUCAAUCGACUUUAUUGCUAAAGCUUUAGAAGAUUUGAACGCUGGUGGAAAUGGCGACGUUAACCAAUUUAGAAGGUCAAUACGAAGCAAUGGUAAUGGUCUGAAUGAGGGUAAUCAUGAAAGAAACAGCGAGAGAAAUUACGAGAGAGGCCAUGAGAGGGAUAGAGAAAGUAUUGUCACAAGUACCUAUAGUCGCAGACCCAAGUCCGACUAUAUAGAUGAUCAUAAUGAAGUAGCGCAACGUUACGAAUCAAUAAGUUUUAGACGACCCAAAUCUAUGGUUGAUAUUGGCGGCAGUGAUAAUGGUGUCAACAAUGUCAAUGAGAGCUUUGCCAAUAAACGUGCGUCUCCCGAUGUCUUUACUACUAAGCCACAACAAUACCCAUAUGCACAGAAACAGAAUAGGUAUUAUCAAACUCCAAAUAAUUCACCCUUAAAAUCGAAAACCGUUGAGCUGAAGAACGUCAAACCAACAAUUAAAAUCACGCCAGUCAAUCAGAGACCAUACGUGAGUACUGCUACUGCUCGGUACACUUUCAAGCCGCAGGAAGAGGGGGAGUUGUAUUUCCGCAAAGGUUGGCAAAUGUUUAUUAUUCAUAAGCAAGAAGACAAUUGGUUUGUUUGUGAAUUGGGGCCAAAUUGUGACGACUGUAAUGGUAUGAUUGGAUUGGUUCCGGGUAAUUACAUAGUUGAACACUAA